AUGGUGACGGUGUUCCCUGAUGACAGUGGCCUCUUUCAGCAGGAUAAGGCGCCCUUUUGCUCACGAAUACCCAAAUGUCCUGCGGGUUGGCAACAAUACGGUGAACGCUGCUUCAGGUUCAUCGACACUGCAAGGACAUGGGCAGAGGCAGAGGGGGGUAAUCUGGCGUCUGUGCACAGUCUUUCAGAAUAUAAUUUUAUUCAAGGACUAAUAGUGACACUCACUCAUGGUACACCGUUGACUUGGAUUGGUGGUUCAGACGCCCAGCAGGAAAGACUCUGGCUUUGGAGUGAUGGAUCCCGAUUUGGAGCAUUCCUCCACUGGGGCCCAGGCGAACCCAAUAACGCAGGUGGUGCUGAACACUGUCUACAUAUGAACAAUGGAGGUGAAUGGUGUCAGGGCAUUGAAAGAGUCUCAGAGGUGGGCUACUGCAUGGCCAUGUCUCAGGUGUCCUCCAGCUGA